GCGGGCGCUUUAAGGAGACGCGCUGCUGCCGCGAACGGGAGGCAGGCCGGUGUUUUUCCACAACUGAUGUCUAAUGGUCACCCAUGUUGAGAGACAAAGGUCAGGAAAAAAGCUCAUAAACUAAAUUUACCGCUGCCGCUGUUAUUCAGCACCGAGCCGCCGCACAAUACAGAAGGGACAAGAGCGUUUCAAAGGAAUUAAAGGAGAUAAACAUUAAAGCAUGGCCCAGAAGGAGAAACUUCAGUGUCUAAAGGACUUCCACAAAGACAUUCUGAAACCCUCCCCGGGAAAGAGCCCGGGCACAAGGCCAGAGGAUGAAGCCGAGGGGAAUCACCCCCAAAGGGAAAAGUGGGCUAGCAAGCUUGACUUUCUUCUCUCAGUCGCCGGGGGCUUCGUUGGUUUAGGCAACGUCUGGCGGUUCCCGUACCUCUGCUACAAAAAUGGCGGAGGUGCUUUUCUCAUCCCAUACUUCAUCUUCCUGUUUGGUGGAGGACUGCCUGUAUUCUUCCUGGAGGUGGCACUCGGUCAGUUCACCUCUGAGGGAGGAAUCACCUGUUGGGAGAAACUUUGCCCAAUUUUUACAGGUAUCGGCUAUGCAUCCAUAGUGAUCGUUUCUCUGCUGAACAUCUACUACAUUGUGAUCCUGGCCUGGGGCUUGUACUACCUGUUCCAGUGCUUUCAGCCAGAGCUUCCCUGGGCAAGCUGCAACAACAAAUGGAACACAGAAAAUUGUGUGGAGGAUACCCUCCGCAAGAACAAGACACUCUGGGGGGCUGUGAAUGCCACUAACUUCACUUCCCCCGUGACUGAGUUCUGGGAGCGAAAUGUCCUCAGCAUCUCAGAUGGUAUCGAGCAGGUGGGUCAUAUUAAAUGGGACCUGGCUCUGUGUCUGCUCGCUGUGUGGGUCAUCUGUUUCUUCUGCAUCUGGAAAGGCGUUAAGUCCACUGGAAAGGUUGUGUACGUCACGGCAACAUUCCCAUUUGUCAUGUUAAUUGUCCUGCUUGUACGGGGUGUCACUCUUCCUGGGGCAGCCGAGGGCAUCAAAUUUUAUCUGUACCCAAAUGUGACUCGCCUUGGAGACCCAGAGGUGUGGAUCGAUGCAGGGACACAGAUUUUCUUCUCUUACGCCAUCUGUCUUGGAGCCAUGACGUCACUGGGAAGCUACAACAAGUACAAAUACAACUGCUACAGGGACUGUUUGCUGUUGGGAGGCCUGAACAGCGCUACCAGUUUUGUGUCUGGCUUCGCAAUAUUUUCCGUCCUGGGCUUCAUGGCGCAAGAGCAAGGGGUGGACAUAGCCGAUGUGGCAGAGUCAGGUCCUGGCCUGGCCUUCAUUGCUUACCCUAAAGCUGUGUCUAUGAUGCCACUUCCUACAUUUUGGGCAAUUCUUUUCUUCAUUAUGCUUCUGCUGUUGGGCCUCGACAGUCAGUUUGUCGAAGUGGAAGGGCAGAUCACAUCCCUAGUGGAUCUGUAUCCAUCCUUCCUAAGGAAGGGUUAUCGGCGUGAAAUCUUCAUAGCUAUAGUCUGUUUUGUGAGCUACCUGUUGGGACUUACCAUGGUCACAGAGGGUGGCAUGUAUGUGUUUCAACUCUUUGACUACUAUGCAGCCAGCGGCGUGUGCCUUUUAUGGGUUGCAUUCUUUGAAUGUAUUGCUGUAGCCUGGGUUUAUGGCGCUGAUGAUUUCUAUGAUGCAAUUGAAGAGAUGAUUGGUUACAGACCAAAUCCCUGGAUGAAGUGGAGUUGGACUGUGAUCACACCUUUUCUGUGUGUGGGAUGCUUUGUCUUCUCAUUGGUCAAGUACAUGCCCUUGAGAUACAACAAAGUCUACGAGUACCCGGACUGGUCCAUUGGAGUUGGUUGGACCCUCGCCCUCACGUCCAUGAUCUGCAUACCAAUGGUGGUUGUGAUCAAAAUCAUUCAAUCAGAUGGACCCCUCAUAGAGAGGAUCAAAGCGGUGGCAGCACCCGUGAGGGGAGGAGCCAGUUCUUGCCCCCAAGACUACCAACCCAAAUGCAAUGAGCUGGCACAGCCGCUGGACCCCAACUGGAACGGAGGCUUGAUGAAGCCCACCCACACCAUAGUAGAAACUAUGAUGUGAACGCUCUCUGUGAGAGGAUUCAAUGACCUGCUUUUCCAUUACAUAUAUAUAUAUAUGUGAUUCUAUAUACAUAUAUAAAAAAUAUACUCUGUAACUUUUGACAUAGUCGUAGGACCAGGUUUACAUUGCUACGCAUCUGCACUAGGAGUCCUUGUUUUGUUUUGUUUUGUUUUUCUACAGAGGAAGUUACAUUUUUCUGUCUGUAUUUUUUAUAUUUUUAUCAUAAUACUAUUAUAUUACUAUUAUUGUCGCUGUUAUUAGACAGAGAACAGAUCGCAAACAGCAGUAUCCUGAACGUAGAACCUUGCCCAUUCUAUUUUUGCAACUUUUAUCUUGUACAUAUCGAAAUCAAUCUAAGCUGUGUUUAUUUUUUAGAGAAUCGAGAAUCAUGGGGAAAAAAAAACACGAAGGGCUCCGUAAACGUGAAUCGCGAAAAGUACACGUUGGUGUAUAAAGAUCUCGUCCUCCACAAACGUGAAAAGGUUGUCUUUUUAGGGAUAGAAGUCGUUAUGCGUUAUUGUGUCCCGACAAACUGUUUAGACUGGAGAUUGUGCUGUCCGGAAGAAUCGAGCCGUUAGCACUGCUUGUUUUCAAUGCACUAUACCACUAAGGACACUACAUUCUCCAUAAUGUUGCACCAUUUAAAUGGAUAGUUUAC